GUGCAACUUUAUUACCAUGAACGAGCAGCCGGCUUUCAUUGGGGCCAAGGUAGUGGAAAAGUACUUAGAUUUUGCCACUCUCAUUCCCCUGCUCGAGAGAGCUCUGAUUCACUUCUCCAGUGGCAAUGAAGGGGGAGUUGUUCAGCCCAUCAGGACCAUUGUUCCAGUGGCUAAGUACAGUGGCUUUCUCGGGGUGAUGCCCGCAUACAGCAAAUGGGAUGAUGCUCUAACUACGAAGGUAGUAACUUUUUAUGAGAAGAAGACAUCCAGUGAAAUUCCUUCCCACCAAGCAACGGUCCUGCUGUUUGAGCCCAGUAAUGGAACAUUGAAGGCUGUAAUCGAUGGAAGAGUCAUUACAGAUAAGAGAACGGCUGCUGUUUCAGCAAUAGCAACAAAGCUCCUUAAGCCAUCACACGCUGAAAUCUUAUGCAUUCUGGGAUCUGGCGCCCAGGCACAAAGUCAUUAUCAAGUCUUUACACAGCAGUUUUCAUUCAAAGAGGUUAGAGUUUGGAGCCGCACUCGGGAAAAAGCAGAAGGCUUUGCCACAACAGUGACAGGACAAGUGCGUGUGUGUUCAACACCACAAGAAGCAGUGACUGGAGCUGAUGUUAUCAUCACAGUCACAAUGGCAACAGAACCAGUGUUACUUGGAGACUGGGUCAAGCCUGGAGCACACAUAAAUGCUAUCGGAGCUUGCCGGCCUGACUGGAGAGAGUUGGACAAUGUUCUCAUGGAGAGUUGUGUGCUGUAUGUGGACUCUAAAGAAGCAGCUGCAAAAGAGUCUGGAGAUAUAGUGACUUCUAAGGCAUCUAUCUAUGCUGAGAUCGGGGAAGUACUGAAAGGAACAAAACCUGCCUUGGCAGAUAAAACCACAGUCUUUAAGUCAGUAGGCAUGGCUGUGGAAGAUACAGUUUCAGCGAAGCUCGUGUAUGACUCCUGGCUGGCUGAAAAUAAAUGACCUUAUUUAAAUUGGAGUGAAAAUGCUUCUUGAGAAAAGAAAAUAAAGAUGAAAAAUGUCAAACGCAGAACCUUUCCUUUGAAUACCAUGUCAAGUAUUAUGGCUUAAUCCUGUGCAGUAUUGUGCAGUUAUUAUUCCCUGGGACCCACUGAUUCUUAGAGAAUACAUAAUAAAUCCAGCUACGUUAUUGUUGCCUCA